GUUCAUGCCGGCCUGUUGCUUCGCCACCUGGAGGAGGAUGGUGCAGUGGUGACGGUACUGCAGUUCGUUGCAAACUUCUGUCAAGAAAUCAUAUCAAGUCCUCGGAUCUAUGGACUCACAUUGCAGUAGCUUUUUCUUGGAAUGCAUGACCGCCUGACACAGUCCUUUGGAGCUGCUCGUGUUUAUGGUUUCAGACACUGUCUGUUUCGUAUUUUGUUGUCCAGAAAGACAAACUCAACCAAACUGGACCCAUCUUCUGUUUUUUUCCUUUCUUUUCGCUUUCAUUUAUUUGAUCUACAACUAAUCUGCAUUACUACCGGACCUCCCAUUCCUGUACCACCACCACCACCACCACACUGCCCGCCUCCAUCCUCACCCACCCCCUGCGCCCGCCGCCCACCCAACUGCAGCGAGCGGCGCCUCCAACAUGCGGUCAAUGCUGGCCGUGGCGGCCAUUUCUAUUUUCAUCGUCUACCGCCUCAUCAACAUCUACCUUUCCUUCCGACGGAAUGUACAGCGUGCACGAGCGUCAGGAAUCACAUACGUGACCGCGCCGGUACACUACAUCAAGCGGACGUGGCUGAUCACGCACCGACUAUGGCUACCAUUACUAGCCAGAUUGCCACGGCGGUGGACAGGAUGGGUCGACUUUUGCCUUCCAGACUUCAAUCACCACCUUGGAAUGGAGAUAUUUGAGCGAGUGGGAUCAGACACAUUUCUGGUGGUAUCUCCGGGCGGGAUCAUGAUGCACACGGCCGACCCCGAAGUGAUAUCGCAGAUCACAACUCGAAGAAACGACUUCCCCAAACCGACGCCCAUCUAUCGCUCACUCGACAUUUACGGCAAGAAUGUGGUGUCGACCGAGGGCGCCAUGUGGCGACAACAUCGCAAAGCGACGAGUCCGCCCUUUACGGAGAAGAACAACCAUCUCGUGUGGGCCGAGAGUAUAGACCAGGCCUCUGCGAUGCUGGCUUCGUGGGUGGGACCGGACGGCCAGGGAAAUAUCACGGUCGACAGGGUGAUGGACGAUACCAUGCGCCUCAGCCUGUAUGUCAUCAGUCGGGCGGGCUUUGGAAGGAAACUCGAGUGGCCGUCCGCGGACGAAAAGGCUGAUAUAGACACCAACUAUGACGACCCCUCGAAAAUCCAGAACCAGGACCUCGAUCGUGAUGCGGGACACUCCAUGAGCUACACGUAUGCCAUCCACUGUCUGCUGGAUAAUAUCUUGUUCCAGUUCAUCCUGCCGCGCUGGCUGAUGGACAAGAUCCCCUCCAAGACUGUACGAAAGGCCAAUGAGGCCUAUGUCGAGUGGGGGAAUUAUAUGAAAGAAGCAGUUGCGUCCAAGAAAAGGACGCUCGAAGCCGAGUCCUCCUCAAGAGAUAACAAAGAUCAGAUGGAUCUAUUGGGCCAAUUGGUCAAAGGCCAGGUUUUUUCGGAGAAGAGCAAAGACGUGACUCUUACAGACUCGGAGAUUCUGGGUAAUAUGUUCGUUUUGAUCCUGGCCGGCCAUGAGACGGCCGCCAACUCGAUCCAUUUUUCGCUGCUUUAUCUCGCUCUCUACCCGAAGAGCCAGCGCGCGGUGCAGAAGGACCUCGACCGUAUAUUCCAGGGAAGACCGCCUUCUCAAUGGGACUAUGAUCGGGACUUACCGGCUCUGUUUGGCGGGAUGGUAGGUGCCGUACUGGCGGAGGAACUGCGGCUGGUGCCGCCUGUCGUUGGGAUUCCAAAGUCGACCUGGGGGGUAUCUGAUCAACCCAUCACCAUUGACGGCAAGCCGUGUACAGUCCCCAGUGGGACGUAUAUUAGUCUGUGUUCGUCCAAUGUCCAGCGCAAUCCCAGAUAUUGGCCCGCGGGCAAACCUACCUUGCCAGGCGGCAGACCGGUUCAUCCGGUGUCGAAUGUCGACAAUGAUCUCGAAGAGUUCCGGCCCGAACGCUGGCUGUUGGACGAGGAGGGAGAGGUUCGAACUACUACGAGUGCCUCUGAUACUGAUAUGCCGACCGAAGCUGUUACUGCCGAUGACCUCGCCGUCAAUGAGGCUGCCGAUACUUCGGACCGCAUGUACCGGCCUCCCAGGGGCGCAUAUAUCCCCUUCAGUGAUGGAUAUCGCGCCUGUCUAGGCAGAAGGUUUGCCCAGGUCGAGGUCCUGGCGACACUCGCUGUGAUUCUGCAGAAUUACUCGGUCGAGUUGGCCGUUGAUCAGUGGGCGUCGGAUGACGAGGUGAUUGCCAUGGAUGAGGAUGCUCGUGUCGAAGUCUGGCAGAAGGCUGCUGAACGGGCAAGAGACUUGAUGCUCAAUGGUCUCAGUGUGAUUAUUUCGUUGCAGAUGAGAAAGGGACAUGUCGGCAUGCGCUUUGUCCCUAGAGGUCAUGAGAGGUUUCCGGAUGAUGUGGAUGAUAAGUGGAAGAAGAUGCAUCCGGAACAAUGUACGGGGAUCAAGUCGGUUCCUGGUUGGAGGUUCUGGGGCUGAAUAGGGUUGCUCCUGGUACAGCAGACCAGUACUAAUUGUACAAUGUUAUAGUAGUAAAUCAGCAGGCGGGCGAGUGAUGUUGGUGGAAAUAUCAUGUCAGUGAUGAACAUGAGCCCUCACGAAGUUGCUCUUCUUUCUGCCCCUGUGGGAAACAACACGAUCCAAACCACUCAUUCAUCCCCCGUGGCGUGCCGAAAGUCUCACAGACCGACCGUCUG